UUUGUAAUGUUUCCGUGUUAAAAUAUUAUUUCUUUGUAAAAGAAAAUCACAUACCAUAAUUGGUAAAAUAUUUAUAAUUAAAAUAAAUAUAUUACCCGUCUAGAUAUGGAUCCAUCGGAUGCUGAUAUCCUUCCGUUUCGUCGCGGCCAUUAGACUAAACAAACCUCUCAAUUUUUCUCAGAGCGACAAAUCUCUCCAGUAACUCUGAUCCGAUCAACAAUCUCAUCAUUGUCGUUAUCAGAUCAAUCAAAUUCUCAAUCGAUCGCAUUUGAUUAAACUUUUUCUUCUCCGAAUCUGGGUCAAACCCCACCGACGAGAUUCCGAUGUGGGUUCUUCUGAUUUGAUAAUCUGAUUGCAAAGUUCGAAACUUUCCGAGAUGGGUUUCUUCGAAUCGGUGAAAUCGAUCAACUGGGAACACGAAUCGUUCCCUACUUACCAGGAUUUUGUCUGUUUGCCUCUCUUCGCAGUGUUCUUCCCUUCGAUACGGUUCCUUCUCGACAGAUUCGUCUUCGAGAAAGUGGGAAGGUUCUUGAUUUAUGGAAGGCAGAGUCCGAAAAAGAAUGACAAGAAGACGAAAAUCAGAAAAUUCAAAGAAUCGGCUUGGAAGUGUAUCUACUACCUCUCAGCUGAGGUGCUUGCCUUGUCUGUGACAUACAACGAGCCUUGGUUUACAGACACUCUCUACUUCUGGAUUGGUCCUGGAGAUCAGAUUUGGCCUAAUCAACAGAUGAAGAUAAAGUUGAAGUUUUUAUAUAUGUAUACAGCAGGGUUCUACACAUACUCUAUCUUCGCGUUGAUCUUUUGGGAGACAAGACGUUCUGACUUUGGUGUUUCAAUGGGUCAUCAUAUCACUACUGUUAUCCUCAUCGUCCUCUCCUACAUCUGCAGAUUCUCUCGUGCUGGUUCUGUUGUUCUUGCACUCCAUGACGCGAGUGAUGUGUUCCUUGAAGUUGGGAAGAUGUCCAAGUACAGUGGAUUUGAGGGUAUAGCAGCCUUUUCGUUUGUUCUUUUUGCUUUGUCUUGGGUCCUUCUACGUCUCAUUUACUAUCCUUUGUGGAUCCUUUGGAGCACGAGCUAUCAGAUUAUUAUGACUGUGGACAAGGAAAAGCAUCCAAUCGAAGGACCGAUCUACUACUACAUGUUCAACACUCUCUUGUUUUGUUUGCUUGUCCUUCACAUAUUCUGGUGGGUUUUGAUUUACCGGAUGCUUGUGAAACAAGUACAGGAUCGAGGCAAGCUUAGUGAAGAUGUCAGAUCCGAUUCUGAAAGCGAUGAUGAACAUGAAGAUUGAUUGCAACUUUGGGACUCUAUUUUUUAUAAACAGAGGACUUUCAAGCUUCAUUUCAUAAUCUUUCUGGUUGUUUGCUAAAAUUUAAAAGUGGGGAGGAACUUAACCAGAGCAAACCGGUUUUUAAAUUGAUCAGAUAACUUUGGGAAUUUUGCAUUGGUUUUCUCAAGAUUUUGUUUAGACAUUGUUUCACUUGUUUUUUCUUCUCUAGUGUUAUUUUAUGGACAUCUUUUGUUGUUUUGGAAUAACACAAAUUCUUGUAUCACCGAAUGUCGUAACAUUUUGACUAGGUAAGUGAAUAAUUCUCAGAGUUUUAUA